CACCCUGCUAAGAGGCAGCUCGUUAGAAAGCCCCCCGCCCCCCGCCAUUCCAGCCCAGGGCCCGGCAGCCCACCAUGUCUGCCCAGUUUCCACAAGUAUCCUGAGGGUCUCCAUCGUGGGCCGGGGGACUGGAGAAGGCCGGCCAGCCCAGCCCGCGCCGGGAUGGAUGUCGGGCCUCAGGCCAGCAGGCUGCCCUGUGAAGGCACCAUCUGUGACCUCAGGGCAGGCGGUGACCAGGGGGCUCACCAGAUCCCGCCCUCGGCCCGGCCCUGGGGCCAUGUCGAUCUCGGUCCCGGGAAUGCUGCCAAUCCUCCUAGGAGACACGACCCAGCCCCACCCCAAAGACAACCUCGAGGCCCGGGGCAGGCCAGCCGCCAGGAAGGCUAGAGCCAAGCCCAGGGACUCCGGGCUCCGUCCAUCUGCGGCUGAUGAUGAUGCCAUGGCUGCCCUGAGGUGGGCCAGGCCCUCCCGGCAGCCAAGUGACCUGCGGGGAGCUCCCCACAUGGCCUGGUCCGACUUCACCGAGCAGCCAGGCCCCCAGAGGAAGGCCUGCAGCCUCCUGGGGUGGUCCGAAAGCGAGGAGGCCAGGGAUGGGGACAGCUCGGUGUCAUCAGGCCGCCUUUCCGGCUCCUCCGGGGGCCACGAGUCCUGCACAUCUCUCCCCGGGCCCUGGAAGGAGCGGCCCCCCCAGGUGCAGGGGCCCCGGCGGCAGCUGAGAGAAAGCAACCCACGACUGGAACGGCUUAGGGACAAGAUCCGGGCCCAAGCACAGUGGCAGGCCAGCUGUGCCUCUCUGGGCACCUCGACGCCCUCCAGCGCCUCGCGCCUCUACAGAGUCUCCAAGCCAGAUCCCCGCAGGAAGGCCGGAAGGCUGGCGCACCCCGAUCCGGCCCCGUGGGACGGACUUGGGCCUGGGGCCACCAUCAAAGGCUUAGGCACCCCGAGCGAGGCUCCGUGUGGAGCGGAAGACAAGGCCAUCCCGGGCCGGGGGCGAGAGCCCUCCAGGGUCCCCCAGCGCCAGGCCUCAGCUCCACGGGAGAAAACCAAAAGAAUGAAAAGCCGUCCUUGCAUGAGGGAGAGAGCCCCCCAGUCGCCCACCUCUAGAAGAGACGCCAAAGACACAGAUUCUGAGUUGGUCGGUGUUUACGCCUGGAGGAAAGGACCAGCCCUGGCGAGGGCCCUGCUUGGGCCCCCUCCGGCCCUCCCCAGGCUCCAGAGGGAGGCUCCCUCGAGAGACCAGGCCCCCGCCGUGGAAUUAGGAGACAGCAAGAAAGUUGGAGCUGCUAAGAGCUCCCCUGCCCGUCCCCGGAUGCCCAGUCCAGCCUCUGUCCGCGGCGGCCUGCAGGUGUCCGCCAAUACGCCCAACCUGUCCUCCUGCGAGCAGCCUGUGACCAUCCAGAAUGCCAUGGCUGUGCUUAGAGACCUCCGCCAGCAAAUCCAGGCCGGGCUGGAGUUGGCCCGGAGCCACCGCCCCAGGGGAGGGCCAGAGCUGGGGCGGUCAAAGUUGUGGCUGCAGAACCUGGCAGAGAGGAGGCAGCAGGGCCCCUGGAGCACCCCAGAUGUCCGGGGCUCCUUCUCGAAGAGUCCUCGGGCCUUAGAGAGGGCUGGCAGCUUCCCCACGGGGCAUCGCUGGAGCACCUUGGCUGGGUGGGAGUCCUGUCCCCAGAUGACCCGGGCGGCCCAAGGACGGAGCCCCUCUUUCCAGAGGCCUGGGAGCCCCCCUGAAAGGCUGACCUCCUUCCCUCAGCGGCCCUGGAGCGCCUCGGCCGGGCAGCCCUCCCAGCCCCAGAGGACCUGGGCUGCUCGUGAGGACUGGGAGAGCUCUGCCCAAAGCCCGUGGAGCCCAGCGGCCCAGCGGCCGUGGAGCGCCUCCUUCCUGCGCAGCAAGGGCACCCCAUGCAGGGGCCGAGGCUCGCUCCCGCCUCCCUCGGAGCCAAAGCGAGCCUGGAUGAGGCCGGCCCCCGGGGCCCCCAGGAACGCCCCUGGGAAGGAGAACGAGGUGAGGGUGCCGCCACCCUGCCCGAAGCCCCGGGGGGUCCUGGGUCACCCCUACAGCUCUGAGUCCCUGCGGGAGUUCAUGCGCCAGAAGGCGCUGGCCCGGAGGCGACAGGCCCUGGAGGAGAAGGCCUCGGCCCUGCGGGCGCUCGAGCUGAAAAACCAGAGGCUGCAGGAUGUGUACAGGAAGCAGAGGGAGGCCGUCCUCGGCAAAGCCGUCCCUGUGGUGUCCCACACGACCCCCGGCAUCGUGACCUUUUUUCCGCAUUGUGCACAGUCCAAGGGCCUGGAAGCCUCUGGGAGCCUGGGGCCGCCUGUGCUGGAGUGGAGCAAGGUGACCUCCGGCAUGGUGCUGGGGGACCAGGAGGCCCCGGGCAGCUUCUGCCUGUGUCUGAACAGAGCCCUGAACCGCACUGAGACGCUGGGGACAGGCGGCCCCACGCUGAUGUCCGCCCGCUCCUCCCUGGGUCCCCUGAAGCUCCAGGACCUCGCCACCCAGGGCCCGCGUCCAGGGGUGUGCAUCUACCUAGACCCUGAGGAGAGCGAGCGCCUGGGCACAUCGGGGCCCCCGCACUUCCGCUACAAGCAGGCCCGGCUACAGGCUCUGGAGACCAUGGCCAACGUCCUGAAGCAACGGAUCGACAUCCUGACGGCCAAGCUGCACAAGUCGGAGGCACUGGACCCUCCCGGGGACCCGGUCUCCGACCCGUCGCCCUCAUACCUCAGCAGAAUGGCUGCGGCCCCCACGCCCACAGCCCCCGUCCACUCCGGAGCGUUAGUGCCCCGUCGGGGCGGAGGGACACCCUGGGACUGGGCGGACACGCAGGCCAGGCCGCCGGCCUCACCCACCUGCUUCCCGGACAGCAGGACGCUGUCCUGGAGCCCUGACUGGGAGCGGCGGCACAGCGUGAGCCCGGGGGCCCCCCGCGACAGCCAGCCCCGAGGUCUCACGGAGAACGGAUGUUUGGAGCCGGACAACAGGCUGGCAAGAAACACGGCCUCCUUCCAGGCCCUCCGCCCCUUCAUCGGGAGCUCACUCGGGGUGACAGCCAUGCUGGACCCCACCUGCGGCUCCCUGCGGCUGGAGAUGCCGUCGACCAGAGGGGCCGGCUUGCUCACGCCCCGGACCACGCGAAGCUGCGCCCCAGAAAAUGCAGCCCAGAGGGAGCAGCGAGCAGCCCAGGAGUGCCCGGGAUUGAGCUGUGACCAGGGCCUGAACACGGGUCAGCAUUCCGGGCACCUUGCCAACAUCCCCCAGAAGUCCCUGGGCUUUCUCAAGUCACUGAAGCUUGACCAGCAGAAGCGGAAGCAGGCGUUGGCCCUUCUGCGGCAGCGGGCGAAGCGGGAGGUCUGGGAGACACAGAAGGCCCUGGACGAGCUGCUCUUCAAGCACCAGGUGCAGCAGCUGAUGGGGAAACACUCCACCGAGGCCAGGCCGAAACCGGCUUCGGAGGGGAAGCAGCCACAGGUGUGCGGAGGUCUGGAGCCAGUGACUUGUCUGAGCACCGUGACAGCCAGACCCAGAUCGCACCCAGCCCAGGGCAGAGCCGCGGCCGCGCCCUCCCAGGACCCCCGGGAAGGACAGCAGAGUCGGGAGGGCAAGUCGGCUCCUGCAGAGCCCAGGCAGGAAGAGAGGCCAGAUGGAGCCCCCUCCCAGCUGCCCCUGGCCAGGCUCUACCCUCAGGACAACCCCACCCACCAGGCUGGGCACCGCUCCCACCCGGCGAAGCUGGUCCCGGAGCGGCCCGGUCGGUCUGCCCCGCCCCAGCGGAGCCCGGCGGGGCCCUGGAGCGCGAACCCCGGAGCCCUCGGCUGCUUCACGCGGCAGAUGCUUGACGUGAGCCUGCGGGAGGCGGAGCUGCGCGCGCAGCACCAGGCUGCGAUGCUGCGCCUGCGCGAGAAGGCGCUGGAGGAGAAGAUGCGCGCCGAGCUGGCCUGGCUGGAGCAUCAGCGAGAGUGUCUGGGCGGCGAGGGGAAGGACACGAUGCUGGCGGCCUUGGCAACGCGGCAAGAGCAGGCGCCCAGCAAGCUUGAGCAGGAGCAGAGAGAAAUCCGAUACCUGCGGGACAUUCACCUGUUUUCACACCAAGAGAGGAAACUUCUCCUGCAGUGUGAAAAGCACAUCGGCUCCCUGCAGAGAUCCAUGGUGCGCCUGCGGCGGGAGCUUCAGGCCCGGACCAGGCUGCCUCAGAGUUCCGGCCUUGAGGUCAAGACCACUCAGACGGAGGGGUCUGAGACAAGUGUGCAGCUGAAGGGCCCUGCACAGGGCUCCUCGCGCCCCUUGUCACCGCCCGGGCCCGCCAGCCCCGCCAGCCACUGCCCCCGGACAGGCCCUGAGACCCCACGAGUCCAACACCUUCUCAGCAAGCAGGCGGAUGGGACGCCCCCCCAGGCAACCUCAGCUGCGGAGAGUCACCGGCCGCCUCCAAGGUGCGCGUGGGGAGAGGACACUCCUGUGGCCGGCAGCUGGCCCGACACGGGGCGCCAGCUGGAGGAGAGCCACAGCCCCGUGGGCCAAGGAGACCCCCAGAGCAACCCCAGCCCCACGUCAGCAGAGGAGAAGACCCGGCCUCUGACAGACAGCCGUGCACAGAAGCUCCAGGGCCCGAACUCCCCGGGCGGAGGGGGUCCCUGCGGCCCCCUGGAAGCCAGCGUGGUUGAAGGCCGCAUCGGCCUAGCAGGGUCAGAGCUGGGGCUGGAUUUUGCCGGCAGCCCCGUGGAGGAGCCCCACAGAAUGGAAGGCUGGUGGCCGGGGGAACAGAGGACCGAGAGCUGCGGGCAGGACCCCUGCGGCCCCUUCUCUCCACCGGGAGCCGCCCAGGUGACCGCUGCUCCAGCUCCGGUACCACCCAGCCGGCCUGAGGGCAGCCCCCUGCCGCCGCUCAGGGCCCCCUCGGACCCGGGCCCGGAGUCCGAGGCUGCUCCCCAGAGCUGCUCGGGGUCUUGGGCGGGGUCCCCUGCCUCCUCCUCCCCGAGUGGGGUGUCCUGCUGCUCUCUCCAGGAGUUUCAGAGAGCAGCCGCCGUCCUGGUUCAGCUCUGCGAGAGCCCCGUCUCCGUGUCAGACUGGGGGGGUGGGGACGUCCCAGACACGGACCCCGGCUGUUCUGGGGAGCUCUGUCCUCAAGACUCCUGGGGGCUCCACCGGGGCGGGGGGCAGGUGGCCCUGGAGAGGCCAGAGGGCGGUGGGGCCGGCCCCCUGGGCGGCCCCUCCACGGAGCCGGGGGGCGUCCUGCGGGAGGGCUGGCCGCUGCCUCCCCCGGACGCCCCCUCUCCGAGGUCAGGGUCAGAGCUGUCAGAGGCGUCCAGCGAGGUCUGGGACGAGGAGAACCUUCUGGAGCCUGGCUCGGGGCCCUCCUUGUCUACAGGAGGCUCGUCCCGCCUGGAAAAUGGCGGGGCGCCUGGCUCUCCACUUGCUUCCUUGGGCCCUGGGGAGGGGCAGGAAGCGUCUGGAAGCACUGGGAGCCUCAUCCGUGAACUCACUACGGAAGAGGGCCCAACAGACGUCCCCCGAGGCUCCCCGCAUGCCCUCCCGUCCACGUGCUCGUCCUCCAGUGACUUGGACCUGUCCCUUUCCUCUCCCUCGGGGUCCUUGGCGUCCGAAGGGGUGGAUUCUGGCAGAGGAGAGACCAGGCCUCUGCAGGCCUCGGCUGCCUGCCCAGAGGGGCCCUGGGACGCUGCCCUGAGUCUGCCCAGCGACAGGACGCCACGACAGUCCUGGUCUGAGCCUGAGGUCCCCGUGACCCCGCGGGCUCCUCCUGGGGACCCUGGCGGUCUGGUGGCCCUGACACCCCAGGGCUGGGCACCCAGAUGUAGGGGCAGUGGAGACUCCCCUGCCCCCGAGGAAGCCUGCCCCACGCCGUCCAGCAGGGCCUUGCCUGAGAUCCUGUCCCCCGUUGACGAGGUGCUAUCCUAUGGCAGUGCCGACCUGCCCUCCGCUCACAGGGAUGCCCGCCUCCCUCCUCUGCCUCCCACCUUCCCAGCAGAGGAUUUGGCCAACACGACCAGCCCCGACUCAGGAGACUUCCCUUCCCCACCUGAGGAUGUCAUGUCUCCUGGGAGCUUGCCGGGGCCCCCGGGGGAGGAUGCCUCCAUCAGAACUGAGGAGUUGCCCUCCUUGUCUGAGGAGGACACACCCGAGGCACCAUCCCCAGGGCCCCAGGAGCCGGGGCUCUGCCUGGGGGCAGGCAGACAGGACGGAAGCCUUGGGGAGGAAUUGGGUGAGUCACGUUCGGUUUCCAGGGAUCAGGCCGUGGGCAGCCAGUGGUCUGACCCAGCCGGCUGGCCAGGGUGCCCCUCUGGGGGCAGGGCAGGAGACGCCCCGGGAGGGCUCCCAAGGCUGCCCGUGCGGCCCCCGACCCUGUCCAGAGUGGCCUUUAUGGCCGGGGAGGGUCCGCCAAUGCUGUCAGCCGCUGGCAGCCCUGGGCAGGGUGACCCAGCUCCUGCUCUGGGCGCGGGCCCCUGCUCUGACCCGCCGGGCACGGAGGGAGCCAAGGUGGUGGAUUUGGUCUCCAGCCGGCUUAGCAGGAGGAUCCUGUGCGACACGCUGGCUGUGCUCUUGGAGCCGGCCCAGCCGGCGGCCCCCUGACGGAAGAGCCGCCGUGUCCCGCAGGCUGGCCCGGCGGCCGCUGCAGUGCCUCGGGAAGACGGGACCCACGGUGACGUGGGGUGCCAUUGCGCAUGCGUGUGCAUGGUGUGUGGGAUGCUCCGGGAAGCCUGGGCCACCGAGGGCAGAGCCACCAUUCAGAACAGCCUGCCUGUGGCUGGCCCCCGAGUAGUCGUCUGGUGCUGGGCUGGGGCCUGGGCGGGGACAUGGCGGGGAGUGCGGUGAGCUCUGUGUUCUUCCGGACGUUGGGGCCGCUGCGUCCGUCAGGCGCCUGGAAGGGCCCCUGAUCCAAAGACUUUAAGAGGCAGGAAGGUAAAAGCUUGUGCGGGCAUGUCCAGAGGCUGGCCGGUCGAGGAAAGGUGUGGAGGUGAUGGAUUGACAGAGAACGGUCCGGAGGGGAGCGGUCCCCAAGGACGAACCGGAGACCACAUGCCGGGAGGCAGAGCCAUCGGCAAAGGCCGGGUGAAGAGAGAGAGAGCCGCUCUGGGGGGACAGGGGAGCAAGGGGCGGUGGAGACGGGCUGGGGAUCACGUCCCCACGGACUCACACCCCAGCUUGGCGGCUUCUGAAGGCCAAGGGCAUGCACGUGGGCCGACCCCGCUGUGGACAUCACAGAUCUGUCAACUCAAGGGCCGGAGGUGACCAGCCACGCCCCAGGCCUGCCCUCUGGCGGGAGGUGGGCCAAGGGCUCCUUGAGGACUCAGGACUCCUGGAGAGGCCAGAGUCCGAUUCCUGGUGGCUGUCCACCAUCGAAUGAGCCCUCGGGAUGCAGGGCAGCCUCGAGCAGGGAGCAGUUUGCAGAGGUGUUGGCGGUGCGAUCCCUCUAGGGCUUGGCUCCUCCCCUCCAGGGCAGGGACUUCCCCGGCCUCAACAGAGGAACUCCUUUGGAGAUGACACUUAUGGACCCCUGGGGAGCCGGCGACUUCCGUGCACUUGCGGUUAGCUGGGGGACGUGGCGGAGCCCAGAGUUCUGCCUGUGCCCUCCACCUUCCAGCUCAGCCCUCCACCAGGCCCCCGCUUCAGGGCAGUCUCCUGUACCCAGGCCAGCUGCUCGCCAGACGGACUUUUGUCACAGGCUCACUCGUCCGGUUUCACGGCUCAGGGAGGCACCAGCUGAGACAGUUCAUGCUGAUUUCGCACUGGGUCCCCCCACGCCCACCAGGGAACCCCGGGACGGGCUCGGGCGGGGGGCAAUGUGCUCUUGCUGUGCGUAUGCGAUUUCAAAACAAGUUCUGAGCUACAGCUUUCCUAUUGAUUUCCUUCUAGUUUUCUGAACAAAUCAGUCUGUAAUUUUUUAUUUUUUUUCUAUUUAUUGCUGACCCUUUUGGAUUUACGAGGCCGUGCGAGAGGGAUUAUGUAUUUUACACACACACGUUUGGCAUGGUAAUAAAUCUCCCACCUCAAAACCCUGCAGAUUUGCCUCAAACCCCGUCGCCCCCUUUCUGGUCGCCGUGGGGUGGGGGGGCUGUGCUCCUGGCGGGGCCGCGGGCCUCCCAAAGGACCUGUCUGGGGGCCGCCUGCACCGGUGGCCCCUCGCCCACGACAGCGGGGCCCAAGGGAGGCCACGCUACAAAAUGAGCUCCAUGUUUCAGGUCGGCACCGUGGAGGGUGUCGGAAGCCCUCCGUCUCAGCUGACAUGGCGAGUGAGGGGCGUGGGCUCCGAGGUCCGUCUAAUGACACGCAAAACAUAAACACCACACUGCGCUCGCCUUGGCUCCGAUCCCUGCUAACCUCUGGGGCCGAUAAAUCUUGGUCUCCAGAAGGGCCAUUAUCCUUCAUAGAAAGUGGUUAUUUCUGGGGCGCCCGGGGGGCUCAGUCGGUGGAGCGUCCGACUUCAGCUCAGGUCACGGUCUCGCGGUCUGUGGGUUCGAGCCCCGCGUCGCGCUCUGUGCUGACAGCUCAGAGCCUGGAGCCCGCUUCCGGUUCUGUCUCUCUCUCUGCCCCUCCUCCACUCAUGUUCUGUCUCUCUCCACCAAAAAUAAAUAAUUCUUAAAAAAAAAAAAAAGAGGUUAUUUCUUAGUUAAAGCCCACAUUUAAUUUUGCAGUCUGUCUCUUUCAACGGCCCCUCUUAGCUGUACCCUCCUGCAUGAAAUGCCCACGGAUGCACCUUCAGCAUUUCAAAUGCCAAAUCCCAGACCAGCUUUAGGAAGCCUUUGAUUCCUUACCACGCGCGGCCGUGACAGCCGCCCCUAUAAAAUACAGCGAGGGGGCCCCCGAGGGCAGGUCCAGAGAAGUGACAGCCUUGUGCACUCCGGGGGAACACAGCAGCACCCGUUUGGAUGGCGCCUUCCUGUGCCGGGGGCACCUGGCUCCUGGGGUGGGGGGUGGGAGGUUAAGUGACCAGGCUGGGUCCCCACCCCCGGGCCAGGUUCUCCGGCAGCGAGGGGACGUGGCUGUCCAGCGAGCACCCAAACCAAACCAGUUCCGUGGGUCAGACCUGCCCUGUCCAUGCUGACUCCCCAACCAGCAUCUGGGCCCCCCAAGGAUGUCUGCGAGGCCCACACCUGUGCCUGUGGCCCCUUGUCCUGCCCGCCCACCCCACGCCAGGCAUCAAACGCCAAGCUGCUGCUCUGCAUUCCCAAUGGCGUGCACACGGCUGGGAGCAGACCGCAGUGUUGGCAAAAC